AUGGAUGACUAUUUGAGCGACGAGGAAGAAGAUUACUAUUACUCCUCCGAUCAGGAGUCUCUCGACGGGCUUGAUAAUGAAGAAUCCAAUUUGCAUCCUGUUUCUUCCAGAGGAAACACCGCCAAGGUCAUUACGAAGGAAUCGCUUAUGGCAGCACAGAGGGAGGAUUUGCGAAGAGUGAUGAAAUUGUUAUCGCUUAAGGAGCACCAUGCUCGGACUCUUCUGAUCCAUUACCGAUGGGACGUGGAGAAGUUGUUUGCUGUUCUUGUUGAAAAAGGGAAGGAUAGCUUGUUUUAUGGUGCUGGUCUUACAGUUCUUGAAGAUCAACGUUGCAAUUCUUCCUUUUCUCAUUCUUCGAUGAUGAGUUGCGAUAUCUGCAUAGAGGAUGAACCGGGUUAUCAAAUGACAAGAAUGGACUGUGGCCAUUGCUUUUGCAAUAACUGUUGGGCUGGGCAUUUUGCUGUAAAGAUAAAUGAAGGUCAGAGCAAAAGGAUUAGAUGCAUGGCUCAUAAAUGCAAUGCUAUUUGCGAUGAAGAUGUUGUCAGGACUCUAGUCAGUAAAAGCCAACCAGAUUUAGCCGAGAAGUUUGAUCGUUUUCUUAUUGAGUCGUACAUCGAAGAUAAUAAAAUGGUGAAGUGGUGCCCGAGCACACCGCAUUGUGGGAAUGCAAUACGUGUUGAAGAUGACGAACUUUGUGAGGUUGAAUGCUCCUGUGGCUUUCAGUUCUGUUCUAGCUGUUCAUAUCAAGCCCACUCCCCUUGCUCUUGUUUGAUGUGAGAGCUAUGGAGGAAAAAAUGCCACGAUGAGUCCGAGACAGUUAAUUGGAUAACCAUUCACACAAAGUCGUGUCCCAAAUGUUUCAAACCCGUUGAAAAGAAUGGUGGAUGCAAUCUCGUGACUUGUCUCUGUGGACAAUCUUUUUGUUGGUUGUGUGGUGGAGCUACUGGAAGGGAUCACACUUGAUCUAGAAUUUCGGGUCAUAGUUGUGGUCGGUACCAAGGCAAAGAGAAGCAGAUGGAAAGAGCGAAACGGGAUCUUUUCCGGUAUAUGUAUUACCAUAACCGUUACAAAGCCCAUGUUGAUUCCUCCAAGCUAGAGGAUAAACUAAGUGAUACUAUCCUCGAAAAGGUGUCUAUCUCAUAGAAGAGACAGUUACAGCUUAAAGACUUCAGCUGGGUUACCAAUGGGCUUCACCGGUUAUUUAGAUCAAGACGAGUUCUUUCAUAUUCAUACCCUUUCGCGUUUUACAUGUUUGGAGAUGAGCUGUUCAAAGACGAGAUGAGCUCUGAGGAGUGAGAAAUCAAACAGAAUCUGUUUGAGGAUCAGCAGCAGCAGCUUGAGGCUAAUGUUGAGAAACUUUCAAAAUUCUUGGAGGAGCCCUUUGAUCAAUUUGCUGAUGAUAAAGUCAUGCAGAUAAGGAUUCAAGUCAUCAAUUUGUCAGUUGCGGUCGAUACCCUCUGCAAAAAAAUGUAUGAAUGCAUUGAAAAUGACUUGCUGGGCUCUCUGCAACUUGGUAUCCACAACAUUGCUCCAUACAGAUCAAAUGGGAUAGAACGAGCAUCCGACUUCUACAGUUCCCGGAAUUCAAAAGAAGUUGUUGGUGAGAUAUCACAACCUUCGAACUGUGGAUGGAACUCAGAAGACACAAGUUGCUCUUCGAGGAAACGUCCCAGAAUAUACGGAAGUUUCAGAAAUAACCAAACCACAUUACUGGAUUUAAACUUGCCAGAGGAAGUCAUCGAGCGGAAAUGA